AUGAAGUUCACUGCUGCUCUUGUCAUCGCAUCUGCCAUUGGCGUUUACUGCCAAGCCAACACCGGUGCCGUCUCCAGCGUGGCUAGUGUAAGCCGCGUCCCAGCUGCUACGUCCACUUCUAGGAUUACUGCGCGAACUACCGGGCGUCCUACAACCAGCGUCGGGACCAUCUCACGACCAACCACUAGACGGACAAACACUACGGUGAUCGCUGCUGGGCCGAAUCCUGUUGCCCCUGGAGUCGGCUUGGCUGCCCUCAUGGCCCUUGGUGCCUUGAUAUAA